GCUGCGGCGGCGGGGCGGGGGCAUGGACCAGGCCUGCCAGAGCGCGGGGCCCCGGCGAGAGCGCCCCGCCGCCCAGUGAGCGCCCCGGCGGCGGCGGGGGCCGGGCCGACCCCUGCCACCCCGAGCCCAAGGAGAACCAAGGGCCAAGCAGUUCCCUGAGAUGAGUCUGCUGUCCAAGAAGCCCUGGGAGUCCAAGGCCAAGGGGCUGGUGCUGGGGGCUCUCCUUACCGGGUUCCUGUUGCUGCUCUACUCCUAUGUGGUGCCCCCACUCCACCCCAACAUGCCCUUCACGACCUCAGAGGCCGCGGCGCCCUGCUCCCCGGCUCCCAGUGAGCCAGAGGCGGCUACUCCCGCCAACGGCUCCGCGGGAGGGUGCCAACCUCGGCGAGACAUCGUGUUCAUGAAGACGCACAAGACGGGCAGCAGCACGCUGCUCAACAUCCUCUUCCGCUUCGGCCAGAAGCACGGGCUCAAGUUCGCCUUCCCCAAUGGCCGCAACGACUUCCACUACCCGUCCUUCUUCACGCGCAGCCUGGUGCAGGACUACCGGCCGGGGGCGUGCUUCAACAUCAUCUGCAACCACAUGCGUUUCCACUACGACGAGGUGCGCGGGCUGGUGCGGCCGGGCGCCGCCUUCAUCACCGUCCUCAGGGACCCCGCGCGCCUCUUCGAGUCCUCCUUCCACUACUUCGGGUCGGUGGUGCCGCUCACCUGGAAGCUGUCGAGCCGCGACAAGCUGGCCGAGUUCCUGCGGGACCCCGACCGCUACUACGACCCCAGCGGCUACAACGCGCACUACCUCCGCAACCUGCUCUUCUUCGACCUGGGCUACGACAGCAGCCUGGACCCGGGCAGCCCGCGCGUGCAGGAGCACAUCCAGGAGGUGGAGAGCCGCUUCCACCUGGUGCUGCUGCAGGAGUAUUUCGACGAGUCCCUGGUGCUACUCCGGGAGCUGCUGUGCUGGGACCUGGAGGACGUGCUGUACUUCAAGCUCAACGCUCGGCGGGACUCCCCGGUGCCGAGGCUCUCGGGCGAGCUGUACCGCCGCGCCACCGCCUGGAACCUGCUGGACGCGCGCCUCUACCGCCACUUCAACGCCAGCUUCUGGCGCAAGGUGGAGGCCUUCGGGCGGGAGCGCAUGGCGCGCUCGGUGGCCGAGCUGCGCCGGGCCAACGAGCGCAUGCGCCGCGUCUGCAUCGAUGGCGGCCAAGCGGUGGACGCCGAGGCCAUCGAGGACUCGGCCAUGCAGCCCUGGCAGCCCCUGGGCAUCAAGUCCAUCCUGGGUUACAACCUCAAGAAAAGCAUCGAGCCUCAGCACGAGCAGCUCUGCCGGCGCAUGCUCACGCCCGAGAUCCAGUACCUGUCUGACCUCGGUGCCAAUCUCUGGGUCACCAAGCUCUGGAAGCUCCUUAGGGACUUUCUAAGGUGGUGACUGAUCUGGUUUGGCUUCCUGCUGCAGAGGGACCAGGCAGGGAGCCUCUGGCACCUAGUCUUCCCCAGCCACGCCUGGUGCCGCCCUGGGGACCCCAGGGUCCUGGCUGACCGGGACUGUUUUCUCUGCACGAGAGAGGCCCUAACCGAGAAGUAUUUAACUAAUGAUGCCAUUUUUAAAAUUAAAUCGCCUUUAUUUCCAGCCUUCUCUCACAAGGGGAGGCUCAGAAGUAAAGGAAUUU